CCGAGCGCUGCCGGGUCGGGCUGUGGCCGUCGAGUGCCGUGAGGGAGGAGCUGCGGCGGGCGCGGGGAGAGCAGCGGCGGCUCCGGCCCGGCCCAGCCCGGCCCGGCCCGCCCGGGGAGCGCAGCGCCGGCGGAGCAGGUUUGGUACAGAUAUGAGUGCCUGGCUGCCCUGCUGCUCCUGUGCCCCAGCACUCCCUGCCCUGUGAUUUUGGAUAACAAGCCUAAGAAGUGAAUUACACAUCAGCUGGUAAGAAACCAAAAGCAACCUGCCUUCAUCGAAUUCUCAAGAACGCAGCCGACCCUUUGGUACAUUAUCAAGAUGCAUUAGGAAACUGGAUCUGGUGCCAAAAGAACUCCAUGAGUUUCCAUGACUCUCUUGAACUCCAACGCAGAUACUUUUGGAUAUAAAUUUCUGUUCUAAGGAGGAGAGUGUGUACUCCAACUCCUUUCUGCCAGCUUGCUGGCAGAGGUAUUUCACUAAGAUCAUGGACCAUCCCAGUAGGGAUAAGGAUGAAAGGCAGCGGACGACGAAGGGAAUGCCGGGCAGGAGCGGGCACGGAUCGCGGCCGAGCUCGUCGGCGUCCUCCGGCGUGCUCAUGGUGGGACCCAACUUCAGAGUGGGCAAGAAGAUUGGCUGUGGGAACUUUGGAGAGCUCAGACUAGGUAAAAAUCUCUACACCAAUGAAUAUGUAGCUAUCAAACUGGAACCAAUUAAAUCCCGGGCACCACAGCUUCAUUUAGAAUACAGAUUUUAUAAACAACUUGGAAGUGCAGCUGAAGGGCUCCCCCAGGUGUAUUACUUUGGACCCUGUGGGAAGUACAAUGCCAUGGUAUUGGAGCUGCUUGGUCCCAGCCUGGAAGAUCUGUUUGACCUCUGUGACAGGACCUUCACUCUGAAGACGGUGUUGAUGAUUGCCAUUCAGCUGAUCUCUCGGAUGGAGUACGUGCAUUCCAAGAACCUCAUCUACCGCGACGUCAAGCCGGAGAACUUCCUCAUCGGCCGGCAGGGCAACAAGAAGGAGCACGUCAUCCACAUCAUAGACUUUGGACUGGCCAAGGAGUACAUCGACCCUGAAACCAAAAAACACAUUCCCUACAGGGAGCACAAGAGUCUCACUGGAACAGCGAGAUACAUGUCCAUCAACACACACCUUGGCAAAGAGCAAAGUCGUCGAGAUGACUUGGAAGCCCUUGGCCAUAUGUUCAUGUAUUUCCUCCGAGGCAGCCUGCCCUGGCAAGGAUUGAAGGCUGACACCUUAAAAGAGAGAUAUCAGAAGAUUGGGGACACAAAGAGAAACACUCCAGUUGAAGUUCUCUGUGAGAACUUUCCAGAGGAGAUGGCCACGUACCUCCGCUACGUGCGGCGAUUAGACUUCUUUGAGAGACCAGACUACGAUUACCUGCGCACCAUCUUCACGGAGCUCUUUGAGAAGAAAGGCUACACCUUCGACUACGCCUACGACUGGGUCGGCAGGCCAAUUCCUACUCCUGUGGGAUCUGUCCACGUGGAUUCUGGGACCUCUGCAGUGACCAGAGACAGCCACAUGCACCGGGACCGACCAUCCCAGCAGGCCCUCCGCAAUCAGGCGUCAUCGGAUCGCCGAGGGGAGUGGGAGAUCCAGCCCAGCCGGCAGACAAAUACCUCGUACUUGACAUCUCAUUUGGCUGCAGAUCGACACGGAGGAUCUGUGCAGGUGGUGAGCUCAACCAACGGGGAGCUGAACGUGGACGACCCCACAGGAGCACACUCCAACGCACCCAUCACAGCGCAGGCGGAGGUGGAGGUGGUGGAGGAAGCUAACUGCCUGAAAAUGCUCAACUUGUGGUGCUGCUGCUUCUUUAAGAGGAAACGGAAGAAGACGGCUCAGCGUCACAAGUGACCGGUGCCUCCUGGGCCUUGCAGGAACCACCACGCCUGCAGCUCCUGCCCUGUCUUACUGGAAGGGGCUUCUCUUUAGGAGGGAGGAGGAGGAGGCAUAGGAGGAAGAGAGAAAAGUGAAAACAGAAAAGAAGAAAAAAAAAAAAA